GAGUGCACAAGCAUCCUGGCUUCUCAUGCAGCCGUGGUCACUGGCGUGGACAACAGCCCCAAACUCGUCGAGGAGAGCAGCCGGCGAUACCCGGAAUGCCGUUUCGAACUGCUCGACUGUUUCAAAGAGCCUGCACCACUAAGAUUGCUUUGUGCGGAGAUACAGCAAGGCUCGAGCAAUUUCAAGCUGUUUGUCGACAUUGGCGGCGACCGCCUGACGAAUGGCGUGUGCCAGGCCCUUGUUGUGCUGGAGUCUUUGUGGCGCGGGCCGGGGUCGGAGCUCAAGCAGCCUUCUCUUGUAGUUGUCAAGAGUGAAGGCUUGUCUGAAGCGGCUGCGGUGGCAUGUGUGGAGACUAGGCAAUACUUCAGUGAGAAACGAAUGCCAACAACGGAGACGGGCCGUGGCUACUUCGUUGCUCUGAACGUUGCAGAGAUCCAAUCCGUGCACGUCUAUGAGGGUGCCUGCCCCGAGCCCUGGCUCCGCAGUCGAGUGGCCGAGAUCGUGGAGGCCAACCCUUGGCUCGCCGGGCGCUUGAAGAGGGACCCUGAAAGCGGGAGGCUGGCACUGUGGAUUCAAGGCAAGAUUGACUUUCAGAAGUUGCUGGAAGUUGUAGCCGUAUCCGACACAGCCGCCGUCGUGGGGAAUUGCUCAAAGCACUUCUUUGUAAAGUCUGGAUGCGAGCUGGUGGACGCCGAUGAGCCCAUCUGCAGGUUCGUGGUCUUGACCGAGCCGACAGGAAAAAGAUGGGGUUUGCAAGUGUCCAUGUCUCACAUGCUGACGGAUGGCCAUACCUUCUACGCUAUCUACAGCAUGCUGGACAGCAAUGCCGAGGUAUGGUCCAUGGAGGUGACUAGAGUCAAGUUCGAUCCCAUGAGAUGUUUGCAUGCCCCAUUCCAUGGAAAAUGGUUAUUCUUCGUGUUGCAGCACCUUCGAAGUCAGCUUGGAUGGAAGCGCGCAUCCCACAUGCCGAUCGUCCAGUGUCGGUAUGUGCGGGACGACUGGGUUCAGAAGCAGAAGGCGGCCUUCCAAGCACAAGCAGAUGUUGCGUUCGUGUCCUCAAAUGACUUGUUGACAUCAUGGUUCUUGAAGGCCACACAGCCAUCAUGUGCUGCAUUACUCCUCAACAUGCGAAACAGAAUGCAGGGGCUUGAGGACAAGCAUGCGGAAUGCUAUGCGUCAAUGUUGCUUUUCUUUCCGGAAGAGUACAAGUCGCCCGCCAACAUCCGCCGCGCCAUUGCUCGCCAGUCGCCGGCUUGCACUCCCUCUGGGCAGCAACAGUGGCCCGGAAGGGGCAGCAAAGUUGGCAUGGUCACAUCCUGGCACAUGCUUUAUCACGAUGUCGCCUUCGAUGGUUGCAAGCAACUUACGCACUUUCCAUGUGGGCCAAGGAAUCUGGCGGUGAGCCCUCAGGUGCCCUUUGCCGCCAUCUUUGCGCCGUCUGAAGGCAGCCUUGCGAUGUUGACCAUGACUGAGAAAGAGCUUCCCUUGGGUGUGCUUGGGGAUGCAGUUUGGGGCAGUGAUGCCUUGUUCCGGGACUGGUGA